AUGGAACAUCACUGUGGUCUAAUCACUGGCAACAAUAAGACAGUGCCACUGAAGAACAUCUUGGUAACCCUGUCUAUAAAUGACUUUGUGGCUGCUGUUUCUGCCACUUUAAACUAUAAGAAUGAGGAGCAAGUCCCAUUAAAGGCAAUCUUUGUGUUCCCCAUGGAUGAAGACUCUGCUGUCUACAGCUUUGAAGCCUUGGUCGAUGAGAAGAAGAUUGUGGCACAAAUGCAGGAGAAGAAAGAGGCUGGAAGCAACUAUGAGGCCCUCUCCCAGGGCCACCAAGCUUACUUAUUGGAAGAGGAUUACUACUCCAGGGACAUCUUUUCUUGUGAUGUGGGGAACCUUCCACCUGGGGCUAAGGUUGCAGAUACCCUAAGGUAUGUGCAGGAACUUCCCUUGGAAACAGACGGGGCCCUGCGCUACCUGCUCCCAGCAAUCUUGAAUCCAAGAUACCAGCUCUCAGAAUGGUCAACAAAAAGUUGCUUUAGUGAAGAGAACCUCAUAGUCUCUUUGGAGGACCUGUCCUACACAUUCAGCAUGGUUGCCACCAUUACCUCCCAGCAUGGCACUGAGAGGGUCCAAUCCAACUACUCCUUGGGUCCUAUUCAGUACCUUACAGAUGACAAGACUUCUGCUUAGGUUUCCUUGGAUGAAGGACACAAGUUUGACCGAGAUGUAGAACUCCUCAUUCACUACACUGAAGUGCACAGCCCCACUGUAGCUGUGGAGAUGGGGAUGCCAGACAGGAAGCCAGAUAGUUUGAUGGGAGCCCCUGUUGCAAUGGUGAGCAUCUACCCAGACAUCCCAAAAGUGGAGGCCUCAAGGGCCUGUGGAGAAUUUAUGUUCCUCAUGGACCGCUCUGGAAGUAUGCUCAUCCCCAUGAACACCCAGAAUUCUCAGCUGCGCAUAGAGGCUGCCAAGAUAAAGGCAGAAACUCUGUUGCUGUUGCUAAAGAGUUUGCCAGUGGGUUGUUAUUUCAACGUCUAUGGAUUUGGAUCUACCUAUGAAAAAUUAUUUCUGGAGAGUAUGAAGUACACUCAGGAAACAAUGGAGAAGGCAGUGGAAAGAGUGAAAGAUUUAGAUGCUGAUCUAGGGGACACUGAAAUCUUGACACCACUUUGCAACAUUUACAAGGUGCCCUCCAUUCCUGGCCAUCCCUUACAGCUUUUUGUCUUCCCAGAUGGAGAAGUUAGUGACACGUUUAGCGUCAUUAGAGAAGUUAAGUUAAACGGCAAGAAACACAGAUGUUUCUCAUUUGGAAUUGGAGAAGGAGCCUCCACCAGUUUAAUCAAAGGCAUCGCCUGGGUAUCAGGGGGCAGUGCAGAGUUUAUCUUAGGCAGGGACAGGAUGCAGACCAAUGUUCUUGGGUCUCUGAAGUUCGCUCUACAGAGUGCAGUGGAGGACAUCUCUCUGAGCUGGGAUUUGCCUCCUGGUCUGUCUGUUAAAAUGCUUUCUCCAGAGCAGACUGUCAUCUUUAGGGGUCAGAGGUUAAUCAUCUAUGCCCAGCUGACUGGGAUUGUGCCCCAAAUGGAGAGCUCAGGAAAUGUGUGCCUCAAGUACACCAUCGAGGGCAAGAGUCUUGAAAGCAGGGUGGAAUUUUCCCUACAAACCAAGACAAAUGCCAGUUUGACCAUUCAUCCAUUGGCUGCAAAGACCUUGAUUCAGACCAAGGACUUUGGCUUCCAUGAGACUUCGAAAGGAGUAGAAGAAGUGGUCAGCAUCAGCACUGAGUCUGGAGCCCUCAGCUCCUUCACAGCUUUCAUCGCCAUAAACAAGGAGCUCAACCAGCCUGUGGCACGGCCUCUGACUCGCAGACUGAUUGGAAUUCCAGGAACGAGCAUGGAUGCUGCUGCAGUCUUCACUGUGCAUUUGUGUUUUUCAGAUACCAAGACAAAACCUCGUGCCUCAAGGAAAAACAAAAGAUCUUCUACAGGGAAAUUCAGGAUCCACCAAAAAGACAAAAUGGCAGAUUCUUCCACCAAGGAAAUUAACUUGAAAAAUGACCACAAAGCUUUUGGAAAGAAUGUUGUUGUACAGUUGAUUUCCCUCCAAAAUGCAAAUGGCUUCUGGAAGCUGCAUGAAGAUCUGGGCAAGAUCCUAGGCACUAAUUUGGAAGACAUCAAGGUUGCAAACCCUACCAAGCAUGAGGGCCCCUCAGCCUGGGCCACAGUGCUGCUGGCAGUUCUCUGGCUGCAUGCCAAUGGCAAGGACUUGAAAUGCAAAUGGGAGCUUCUAGAAAGAAAGGCUGUGGCCUGGCUUCAUGACCAUGCAGGCUCCUCCAUCCUCAUGCUUGUGCAGACUGCCAAUGGUCACCUGAAGGUAUCUGUGAAUCCUGAGGUCUUUGACAUCUAA